AAAUUUGUUUUGUGGGUAUUUUGUGAUUUUUGUUCGUGUGUAAAAUUAUCAAAAUCAUGGGGAGGUCGCAGGAUAAGCUUGAUAAGAUGCAACUCCGGCAAAAUUACCGGAAUUUAUGGCACUCCGAUCUAAUGAGCACCGUCACGGCCGAUACUCCAUAUUGUUGCUUCUCGUGUUUAUGUGGACCUUGCGUUUCAUACUUACUUCGGAAAAGAGCACUUUAUAAUGACAUGUCAAGGUACACUUGUUGUGGUGGUUACAUGCCUUGUAGUGGUAAGUGUGGAGAACGCAAAUGCCCUCAGUUUUGUCUUGCCACUGAGGUGUGUCUCUGUUUUGGAAACUCUGUGGCAUCUACUCGUUUUAUGCUUCAAGAUGAAUUCAACAUCCAUACAACAAAAUGCGACAACUGCAUAAUUGGGUUUAUGUUCUGUCUCAACCAAAUCGCUUGCAUUUUCUCUCUUGUCGCUUGCAUUGUUGGAAGUGAUGAACUCUCUGAAGCUUCUCAGCUUCUUUCUUGCUUGGCGGAUAUGGUCUAUUGCACGGUUUGUGCGUGUAUGCAGACACAACACAAGAUUGAGAUGGACAAACGAGAUGGUUUGAUUAGUUCUCAACCAAUGUCAGUGCCACCGGCUCAGCAAAUGUCUCGCAUUGAUCAACCAGUUCCUCCCUAUGCCGGUUACCCUCCAGCCACUGGUUAUCCCCAGCAUUAUUAUCCACAGCCUGGCCAUGGUUACCCUCCUGCUCCAGGCUAUCCACCUCCUGGACCGGGCUAUACACCUCCUGGACCGGGCUAUCCACCUCCUGGUCAUGGUUACCCUCCUGCUCCAGGCUAUCCACCUCCUGGACCAGGCUAUCCACCAGCACCGGGUUAUCCGCCAGCACCGGGAUAUCCCUCAAAGCAGGAACCAUAACCGAUAUCUCAAUCAUCUAAUGGAGUUGUAACAUGAUCUAGACCGGUCUGCAGGAAGUUUACAUUGUUGAGUUAUCAAUUUAUCAUCAUCCUUGGUAUGUUGUGAUUACUUUGCAAGUAUAAUAUCCGGUUUGUUGUCUCAUCGAUUUUCGAUUUUUCUCUUAUCAGAUAAACCGCUAACUCUAUAAACCCAUAUACUA